UCACACAAAUUACCAAUUGUUUCUUGUUAUCUUCUCCAUCAGCCAAAGUACACGCAGACAUGGGUUUUUGCUCCCCAAGGGUCUUACUCUUUGCUUUGAGUUUUUUGUUAGCUUUUGCAGAGCUUGUGAUUGCAAAACAUGUUGGCAUUACCAGGCACUACAAGUUUGAUAUCAAGAUGCAAAAGGUGACAAGGUUGUGCCAAACAAAGAGCAUUGUGACUGUCAAUGGGCAGUUUCCAGGGCCUCGGAUCAUCGCAAGGGAAGGCGACAGAUUGUUAGUUAAAGUGGUUAACCAUGUUCAGUACAAUGUCUCCCUUCAUUGGCAUGGGAUCAGGCAGCUUAGGACUGGAUGGGCAGAUGGACCUGCAUAUAUUACACAAUGUCCAAUUCAGACAGGCCAAAGCUAUGUAUACAACUUCACCAUUACUGGCCAAAGAGGAACCUUAUGGUGGCAUGCUCACAUUUCAUGGCUGAGAGCCACUCUCUAUGGGCCUAUUGUCAUCCUCCCGAAACGACACAUUCCAUACCCUUUCCCACAACCCCACAAAGAAGUCCCCAUCAUUUUUGGUGAAUGGUGGAAGGCAGAUACAGAGACAAUUAUCAGCCAAGCACUGCAAACUGGAGGAGCCCCAAAUAAUUCUGAUGCCUUCACCAUUAAUGGUCUUCCAGGACCAUUGUACAACUGCUCAGCUAAAGAUACCUUCAAACUGAAAGUGAAGCCAGGGAAGACAUACCUCCUCCGUCUGAUCAAUGCUGCACUCAAUGACGAGCUAUUCUUCAGUAUUGCUAACCACACGGUCACCGUUGUGGAAGCUGAUGCUGUCUAUGUUAAGCCAUUCAAGACCAGCAUAGUUCUCAUUACCCCUGGACAGACCACCAAUGUACUCCUCAAGGCCAACUCUAACAUCCCUAACAAUGCUACCUUCCUAAUGGCGGCUAGGCCUUACGCCACCGGUCCUGCAACCUUUGACAACACCACAACUGCCGGAAUCCUUGAAUAUCACCACCCUUCCUCCGCCACGAAAUCCCAAAAGAAGAACCUCCCACUUUUGAAACCAAAAUUUCCUAAAUUCAAUGACACAUUGUUUGCAACAAAAUUCACCAACAAACUUCGCAGUUUGGCCACCAAGAAGUUCCCUGCAAAUGUACCAAAGACUGUCAAUAAGCAAUUUUUCUUCACUGUCGGGCUAGGAAUAAGCACAUGCUCUAAGACCCAAACCUGCACAAACAACACUAGGGUGGCUGCUGCUAUUAACAAUGUGUCAUUUGUGCAGCCAAACACGGCUCUACUUCAAGCUCACUUCUUUCGACAAUCAAAGGGUGUAUACACCACUGAUUUUCCUGCAAACCCACCUUUCAAGUUUAAUUAUACAGGCACUCCACCAAACAACAUUAUGGUGAGCAGUGGCACAAAAGUGGUGGUGCUUCCAUUCAAAACUAGUGUGGAGCUGGUCAUGCAGGACACAAGCAUUAUUGGUGCAGAAAGCCACCCUCUCCACCUCCAUGGCUUCAACUUCUUUAUUGUGGGUCAGGGUUUCGGAAACUAUGACCCCAAGAAUGAUCCGGCUAAGUUCAACCUUGUCGACCCACCGGAGAGAAACACUGUCGGUGUCCCCUCCGGCGGUUGGGUUGCUAUCCGAUUUCUUGCAGACAAUCCAGGGGUAUGGUUCAUGCAUUGCCACCUGGAAGUUCACACAAGCUGGGGGUUGAAGAUGGCCUGGGUUGUGAACGAUGGAAAGCGUCCGAAUCAAAAGCUGCAACCUCCACCGUCUGAUCUUCCCAGAUGUUGAUCAUGAUUCUCUCUUUAGUUGUAGUGUUAUUUCAUGUUAAUUCUUUUAUUUUUCUUCCUUCUUUCUUGUUCCCACCUCUGCCCAGAAAGGGCAAAGGAAAAGUAAGUUUUAGGCUUUUAGCUUAUGAUGAUUGCUUUGGGUUGCAUUUUCACGGGCCCCUCCAAGAAAGAAACAAACAGUGGAGAUUUUGAGUAUGUUUUCAGUUUUGUAAUGCUAUAUCUCCAAUUAUUUUAUCAAAGGACUUCU